GUGAGAUUACUUUGGACACCAUUUGCCUCGUGAUGCCAACUUUUAUUGAUCAUGGCUCCAACAGUUCUUCAAAAGAGGUUAAAAGAAAAUAUACAAUACCCCAAAAAUUAAGAUACCGAUUUACCCAUGUAUGGCGCAGGCUGUACAGGCGAAGCAGACGCGUCGCUGUGGUGGAGGUGGACUCUAAACAUUCAUCCUACACUAUGCUCGUAGCUCUUCGUGAUGGUAUCCACAGCAUUUUAACUGACCCUAAUAUUCCAGGAUCUCUGAACCAUCUGAAUGUACACGAUCUUACAUUUGUGACAGAAAAGGAACUCCAGCUAGAUGAUGAGAAAGCUAUGCACUUCAGUUUUGCAAGCUAUGCUUCUUCAGUGUUUUCUACAAUUCGACGGGUAGUGGACAUUGAGGAGAGUAGUUUUCUACAUUCCAUUGCAAAUUAUAGUGAACUUUACAUGGAGUUUGUAAGCAAUUCUCACAGUGGUGAAGAAUUCUUCCUCAGUUAUGACAUGCGGUACCUGCUUAAAACCAACAAAAAGAGUGAAAUCAGAUUUUUUCUGUCAAUAUUAGGAGAUUACCUUCAACAUUUUGUGUCUUAUCCUCACACACUGCUGGUAAAAUAUGUGGGCUGUUAUUCCGUCAAAAUGCCUGGAAAGAGAAGGAAGUUCUUCCUGGCGAUGCAAAACAUAUUUUUUCCACCUGACCGAAUAAAAGACAGAUUCGAUGUUAAAGGAUGCUUAGCAGGAAGAUACCAGAAGCCUGAUCCACCAGGGUCCAAUGCUAUCAAUGUCCUGAAAGACCAGAACUUCAUUAAUGAAAAACUGGAAAUAGGUGCUGAAGCUGAGUGGCUUGUACAACAGAUUACUGUUGACUCUGUGUUUCUGCGUGAUCUCUGUGUGAUGGAUUAUAGCCUUCUGAUUGGCCGCCAAACUCUGCAUCAAUCUGAGCUCUCUCAAACAAAAUCAGAGGUCGUAACCAAAAUCUGGAGAUCACUUUCUCCAGUCAAAAGGGUCAAUCAUCCAGAAGCUAAUGGGAUGAAUAAUAUGCAAUUAAGUGAAACAAAAACAGAUGAAAAGACAGGCACUUCUCCACUAGAUGAGCUGGACAAUUUACCAGGCCUCAUUACCAUUCAGCCAUCUUCACAGACUACCACACACAUCAAGGGUGGAAUGACUUUUCCAUCCUCUCUUGCUCAUAGCAUAGAACGUUUCAACUCAGAACAUAGACGUCUUUUGCCCAAUAGCCCAAAUGCUUUACACAUAAUUGAUGGAUUACAGUUUCGCUAUUACUUGGGCAUUAUUGACUUUUUAACACAAUGGUCAUACAUGCAGAAGGCUGCUCGUGUGUGGAAGAUGAUAAAGUAUUGCUCUAGGGAUCAUUCUACUUUGCCACCAGAUGUAUACUCACAUCGAUUCAUUACAUUUAUCACUGAACAUAUAGCAUAGGUGGAAAUGAAUAAUAAUAAUAUUUCUAAUAAAUGCACUAGGCCAUGUUCAAUCAUAUCAAUCUUUUAUCAGUCUUUUAGCCAGUCAUACAAAAUAAAAAUAUCUACUUGUUCAUUUAGUUAUUUCUAAAAGAAAAAUUCAACAUAUUUUUAAAGUGUGAUAAAACUCACUUUUUAAAGGCUGUACAGAUAUCUAAUGAGCACAUUAUCUUAAAUUAUUUGUAAUAUGCAAUAUGAUCUAUACAAUAAUAUAUCAUUAAUAAUAAUAUAUAUAAUUUUACGUAUAGUAAUAUAAAUUAUUAAAGACUGAUUAAUAUCAAAGUAUUGAUCAAAAAUAUGGAAACUGAUAGCAAACAUGCAGGAAACCAUUGAAGGCAAAUAAUUAAGAUUUUAGGGCACAUUUUUAAAAUGAAUACAGUAAGUUAAUGCUGUUAUUAUGUACAUACAGUGAGUGACAAAUAAUAUAUUUCCCGCUGUUUUUAUUCGCUAUUUUGGUACAUGGUAACAGAGAUCUGUCUGUUAUUCCUAUGCUAUAAUCUUUAUGCAAGUUCUACAUAUUAUAUAAGUUUACAUCAUAGUUAUAGAGCUGUUGAUGCACAUUAAAAAAUGCAUAUUCUGUCAGCCUUGAAUAAUUGUAUGAAGCUAAAUUAUUGGAAUGGCCUAUGCAAAUGUUAAAAUUAUAUAAAUAUUUAUUUAUUUAUAUAUAUAUUUAUUUUCGCCACCAAUAAUGCAUCUUAUAAUAUGAAACACAAAACAUUAAAAAAAAAAAAAAAAA